AUGGCAGAGGCUACCGUAAUUGAUGGAGUUGAGUCCAACGGAUGGAUUUUCCAGGCGAGGCCGCAGGACACCUAUAGUCCCUACAAGAAGCUCUCCGGCGAGCAGGAGAAGCAUGGCGUCCUUGAGAACAUCUUAUGUAUGACUGUCGAAUUCGGAUCAGGUCCUCGACAUGCUUCCCCUCGCUGCACACAAGCGGAGCCUCGAUGUAUCACGCACUUCAUUCGCGCCGCCAGCUCCCCCGUGACCCAUAGCGGCCUCAACGGCUCUGAGAUCCUCGUGCGCCUCGGCGAACCAGCGGUGGGUAUGCCUGCCGUGUGGCUCACCGUCGAGCUCCUCCGCAUCAUAUACGCCCUCAAUCCUCGGCGAAUCAACAUUCUCCUGGCAUUCGACUUCCUGGUGAGCGUGAUCAGGCUGCGGCGCAUCCUGCAUCUUGUACGGGCGUUACAGUCCAGUCAUCACCUCCCAACACGCGGCGACACCGACCCGGAAGAGCAGUUUCACCCGGCCUUGAAGACCUACUGCAACAAAAGCCCGAGAUACGCCAAUUGGCUGAAAUGCAUCCAAAGCAUUCGAGCAGAAGCUUAG